AUACUUUUGCUUCCAAACUACAGGGUGGGACUACACUCUGGAUGAGAUCUUGCGCUUUGCACCAACCUCCAUACAUCCUGUUUCUAAGAAACCGUUUGACGUUGUCUACCAGGAUGGCACAGCUCUUGGACGGGGCCAGCAAACUGGGCUGGGUUCUCCUCAGGGCUGUGGUCCGCUUCGUCUUCAUGUUCUUCAACAACUGUGUUGCCAUCCCAUCCUACUGCUUAUACCUGCUGCUGCUGCAACCUUUGAGAAUAUGGGACAGCUAUACUUUCUGGCACAUAGAAGGAGUCAUGUUCAAGUGGUUGCUGGGCAUGGUGUCUUCGUGGGGUUGGGUCGCUGGUUACACUGUCACAGAAUGGGGCGACGAUGUGCGGCCCAUUUCUGAAGAAGCAGCCAUGGUCAUCGUCAACCACCAAUCCACGGGUGACGUUUGCACACUCAUGAUGUGCCUGCAAGACAAAGGCACGGUGGUACGAAAAAUGAUGUGGUUGAUGGACCAUGUGUUCAAGUACACCAACUUUGGCCUAGUAUCCCUGAUUCAUGGGGACUUCUUCAUUAGACAGGGUAAAGCUCACAGAGACAAGCAGCUGGUCUACUUGAAAGAUCACCUGGAUAAAUAUUACCACAGCCGGGACAGGAAGUGGAUAGUGCUGUUCCCUGAGGGUGGCUUCCUCAGAAAAAGGCGGGAAACCAGCCAGUCGUUUGCCAAGAAGCACUCUCUCCCCCACCUGACCCACGUGACGUUGCCCCGUCUCGGGGCCACCCACGUCAUCCUGAAGACCCUGUCGGCCCAGCAGGAAAACGGCAGCUUGGGCUGCGAAACGAGGACCACAAACCAAACAGCCAAUAAACAUAAAGGUCUGCAGUGGGUUAUAGAUGUAACUAUAGCGUACCCCAAAGCCAGACCGAUGGACAUCCAGACCUGGAUCUUCGGCUACAGGCCUCCCACAGUAACACACGUCCAUUACAGGAUGUACCCGAUAAAAGACGUCCCUGUGGAGGCAGAGGCCCUGACUGACUGGCUGUAUCAGAGAUUUGUGGAGAAAGAAGAGUUGUUGACUUACUUCUAUGAUAAAGGAUCCUUCCCUCCUCUAGAAGGACAGAAGGAGGCGGCUUCCCGACAGAUGACCCUGGAUCCCGUGUGGCUUUGCAGCAUCCAGUUCUUCGCUUUCGCCUCUGGCUACAUGUGGUACAGCGUCCUCCAGUACCUCUACUGCUGUUUAUUUUGAGAGCGCCGACGGGACAAACACUUCUCUCUUUGGACCACUGGGGGAGGCCUCAGGAUCAGUUGGUGUGUGGCACAGCUUUCUUCCCCCUCCCCACGAUGAAUGAAUGUACAUUUGCAGCAGUGGAGAGACUUGACAGGAAUCGACAAAUAAUAAACGACAAAAAUCUUUAAAAAAAAAAAAAAAAAAAGAAAACCCAUACAAGUCGGGAAGUGGUCACGGUUUAACUUGCGCACAGCCCCAACGCCACACACUCGCGCCGAAGGAGGACACGCCCAUCCCUGCCCACAUUUCGAUGUUUACACACGCUCAUACACACACACACGUACACACACGAGGCUCAGGACUUCUCCAGAAGAUUCGGCUGUCGUACUUUUACAGAGGAUGGAGCGCAAACGGACGGAAAAAACAAAAAGACUGGAAGUGAACUUUCUGCCCUUUUCUCUUCUUCCCGGUGAGUCCCACCGUCCUCCAAUCAGCUGUCUGCACCUCCCAGAGCGAACGGCUGAACAGACGCCGGGGGUCCCGCGGCCUGGCCACCCCCCUGGCUUUCAUUGCACUAAGGAUCCAUACUGCCCCAGAUGCUCCUCCCCCUCCCCCUAAAAAAAAUGGUAGCUGUCGAUGUUUUUAUUUCUUUGAUUUUCUUUCCAUUAACCUGCAUAUCUUCUCAACAUCUCUCAUUUUAUUGUUUUAAUGUCUUUUCGUUUGUGCGCCUGUGAAGGUAGUGUUGUGAGCUUGCUGAAAAAGCAGGGGGGGGGGGGUCAUGUUUACAUUGGUAAUUGCUGAAAACUUGCAUUAAUUUUAAAGACGAGAGACCUAUUUAGAAAUAAAAAAAUAUAUACCUGUUCACCCCCCCUCUGCGGUUCAACUCCCAUGCAGACGUGCACAUGUGCAGACUCUGGCCUCAUGCAGGCGGACUAGUACUGCCCUACUGGACUCUGUAGUUUUACAAAUAUUUAAGCCAUAUGGUUAGUAUCUUGGGAAAAAAAUGAGGAACAAUAUUUUUUUUUUUUUAAUAGAAAGCUAAUUUAUGUUCAUUCUACAAUAGAGACAGAAUUCAAGGUGUCAUACGUGUAAAUUCACAGCAUAACCUGCCUAAGUGAGUGUGAGUGACUUUACCCCCAUUUUUUUAAAUAUCUAUGACUUGGUGGCAAUGUCACCUCCAGCAAAUUUUAUUUCAAUUGCAAACACUGUUAUUUUCUCCAUGUAAAAGUAUGUUUAAAUCUUGUACAUAGAGAGAAAAAAAUGUUGGAAACGGCUGAAGUGUCUCUUUUUAUUUUUUUGAGGUCCUUAAUGAUAUUAUUUUGAAAUAUGAAUGUUUUAAAAAAGAAAAAAGGAGUUAUUUUACCCUCGCUUUUCAGUAUUAUUUUUUUUUUCUUUUGCAACAUGUGCUUCACGACGUCGUAGCUACUGUAGGUCCGCGUGUUCGGCACAUGGGCCCAACUGCAAACUUUUUCAAUAAAUAGUGAAGGAACUCUGACGCCUUACCGAAUGUGCUGGUUCAUCCCAAAUAAAGCUGUUUUCUGGCAUCCCUGAGGACACAUCUGAUGUUUCUGUGCACGGAAAGUGGAUUUCAAUUACCAAGUUUAGUUCAGAAAAUUAAAAGGAGCAUUUGAGUUAAAAUAAAGAAUACAAAAAAGGGCUACCUGACGAGGUAGGUGAGAGUGUAAAUGGGAUUUAUCCCGCCUCCUUUUCCAGUUUCCCUCCAUCACGAGUGACUUUUUCCUUCUUUUUUUUUUUUUUAAUA